AAAAUUGAAUCCAUUUGUGAUCUCGACCCUGAUGUUUUGCGUCAGUUCGACGUGGGUGAAAAGGCACCUUAAAACGUUUUUCUUUCGUCCAGUUUCAGCAUAAGAAGGUACAACAUGAAGACUCGUUUCAGCACGUAUGACUUGGUAUGUUCUACAACUGAGCUACAAAGACUCGUUGGCAUGCGUGUCAACCAAAUAUAUGAUAUUGAUAACAGAACAUAUCUUAUCCGAUUACAUCGUGGCGAAGAGAAAGUUGUAUUGCUCCUUGAAUCAGGAAACAGAAUCCACACAACUGCUUUCGAAUGGCCCAAAAAUAUGGCACCGUCUGGAUUCAGUAUGAAGAUGCGUAAACAUCUCAAGAACAAACGCCUCGAGAGUCUUACUCAACUCGGAGUUGAUCGAAUUGUUGAUUUACAAUUUGGAUCAGGGGAAGCUGCGUAUCAUGUUAUUUUGGAAUUGUACGAUCGUGGUAAUAUUGUUCUCACUGAUUACCAGAAGACUAUUCUCAACAUUUUGAGACCUCACACUGAAGGAGAAAAAGUUAGGUUUGCAGUGAAAGAAAAAUAUCCAUCGGAUCGUGCGCAUUUGACAACAAUGCCGUCCAUUGAUAAGAUCCAGGAGUACAUUAUGAAUGGAAAGCCUGGAGAGCCUUUGAAAAAAAUUUUAAAUCCACACGUGGAAUUCGGACCUGCUAUUAUCGAUCACGUUCUACUACAGGCGGAUUUCCCAGCUGGUUGUAAAAUUGGAAAAGGUUUUGACACUGCCACAGAUUUCCCAAAGCUUGCCACAGCUCUAAAGAACGCUGAGAACAUUUUUCAAGAGGCUACGAAAAAUAUUAGCAAGGGUUACAUCACGCAAAAAAAAGAACUGAGACCCUCACAGGAUGGUACAGAGUCGUACAUAUUUGCAAGUGUCGAAUUCCAUCCCAUGCUAUUUGAACAGCACAAAAAUCUUCCUUACAAGGAAUUUGAAUCCUUCGAUCUUGCGGUGGAUGAGUUUUUCUCCGGGCUAGAGGGUCAGAAACUUGAUCUAAAGGCUCUGCAGCAGGAAAGAGAAGCAAUGAAAAAAUUAGACAACGUGCGACAGGAUCACGAUCAGAGAUUAGUGUCAUUGGAAAAGACUCAAGAAUUAGAUAAACAAAAAGCAGAGCUAAUUACACGGAAUCAAGCUCUGGUGGACAACGUGAUCCUGAUCAUUCGACGGGCAUUAGCCAAUCAAAUGUCUUGGCCGGAUAUACAGUCUUUCUUGAAAGAUGCUCAAGCUGCAGGUGAUCCAGUUGCGUCUGUUAUAAAGCAGUUAAAAUUGGAAAUAAACCAUGUCAGUUUGCUAUUAAGUGAUCCAUACGUAAACAGCGACGAUGAUGACGAUCAAAUUCAGGAAGUUCAGUUGAAGCCAAUGAUCAUCGACAUAGAUUUGGCUCAUUCUGCGUUUGCUAAUGCCACGAGAUAUUAUGAUCAAAAACGGUCAGCAGCUAAAAAACAGCAAAAAACAAUCGAAUCACAAGGGAAAGCUCUAAAGUCAGCUGAAAAAAAAACUAAACAGGCUCUGAAAGAUGUACAAACUAUACAUAGCAUCAACAAGGCCAGGAAGGUUUACUGGUUCGAAAAGUUUUAUUGGUUCAUCAGCUCAGAAAAUUAUCUAGUUAUCGGUGGUAGAGAUCAGCAGCAGAAUGAGGUCAUUGUGAAAAGAUACCUUCGACCAGGAGAUGUCUAUGUCCACGCCGAUCUCACCGGUGCCAGUUCUGUUGUAGUGAAAAAUACUGGAGGCGGGCCGGUCCCACCUAAAACAUUGGCAGAGGCUGGAACUAUGGCUGUUUCAUACAGCGUUGCAUGGGAGGCAAAAGUGGUGGCUGGUGCUUGGUGGGUGAACAGCGACCAGGUAUCAAAGACAGCACCAACUGGUGAAUAUCUUACCACAGGAUCAUUCAUGAUACGUGGAAAAAAAAAUUACUUACCACCGUGUCAACUGAUUAUGGGGUUGGGAUUCAUGUUUCGACUCGAAGAGAGUUCCAUAGAAAGACAUAAGGAUGAAAGAAAAGUUCGCACUCUAGAAGAGGAUGCUAUCUCUGAAUCAACUGUGAUGUCGGAUCACGAGAUAGAACUGGAAAGUGAUUCUAAUGACGAAGAUGAAGAUGCGAAUCCGGUGACCCGAUUAAAUCCAAUCCAGGAAACCGAGUCUGACGUGACUGCCACAUUGGCUGCCAGCGCAGUAACUGAUCGUGAGAAAAAUAGUGAAAAUAAAGAAGGAGACAGUGAGAGUGACUCGGAUGAGGGACCACAUUUUCCCAAUACGCAGAUAAAGAUCAAUUUGCCGGUCGGGACAAUGAAACCUCACCUGACUGCGAUACCACCAGCAAAACCGCGCGCUGAAAACGAAGAAGAAGAUGAAGAGAAUGUGAUUUACCUAGGAGAUGAAAAACCUGUCAUGUUGACAAAGAAACAAGAAAAGAAAGCACCGAAAAUAACUCACCAGAAGAAGCAGCCACCAAAAGAAGAGCAGAAUGAAAAGGAAGCCAAGCAAAAAGACAAGGAUUUGCCUAAGAGAGGGCAAAAGGGAAAAUUGAAAAAGAUUAAAGAGAAGUACAAGGAUCAGGACGAAGAGGACAGACGACUUUUAAUGGAGGCAUUAAAGUCAGCAGGUUCCGCAAAGGAGGAUAAACGUAGAAACAAAAACAAGGAUCCUUCGGGACCAAAGCAACAGGGUAAGAAGAAAGGUACGCCAUUUACGCCGAAACCAACGCCAGUGAAUCCGAAUAACGAGGAAGACGGAGAGGAAGACGUGGGUCCAGCACCUGAGGUGGACAUGCUGGAUCAAUUGACCGGUAAACCAGUUGCGGAAGAUGAAUUACUGUUUGCCGUACCAGUAGUCGCCCCUUACAAUACUCUCAAUAGCUACAAGUUCAAAGUAAAAAUGACCCCAGGAACUGGGAAGAGAGGAAAAGCCUCCAAAACCGCAGUUGCUAUGUUUCUGCGAGACAGAGCUACCACACCUCGAGAGAAAGAUUUGUUAAAGGCUGUUAAAGACGAGGUUAUAGCGAGAAACUUACCUGGGAAAGUGAAAAUCAGUGCCCCUCAAAUGCAGAAGCAUAGGAAAUAGUAUAAGGUACAUUUGGUCGAUACGUGAUAUUUCUACACAAUUUCACCACCUGUAUAUACUUCCAUAAAAAAACAUUAACAAAUAAAGAAAAUUACGCUUAA